AUGUGCGUCGCCCCGUCCCUGCCUCCCGCCUCUCGCGUUCCCUCCCCACCUUGUCACCCCGAUCGCUCGACGUCGAGGGCAGCGACUCACUCUCCUCUGUGUCUGUCGCACUCGCAGGUCGACAACCUCAACACGAACCAGCUCAACGUCGGCAUUUGGUCGGGCGAUGUCAAGCUCCGCAACCUCCGCCUCAAGAAGGAGGCGCUCGACAAGUUCCGGCUCCCCGUCGAUGUCGUCGAGGGCUACCUCGGCGACCUUACCCUGAGCAUCCCCUGGUCCAACCUCGGCGGCAAGCCCGUCCGCGUCCUCGUCGAGAACGUCUACCUCCUCGCCGUCCCGACCGACUCUUCCAAGGCGACGCCCGAAGAAGAUGCCGCACGAGCGCAAGCCGCCAAGCUCGACAAGCUCGAGGGCGCCGAGAUGUUGUCGUCGGGCGGCACGGCCGGCAUGAGCGCCGAGGACGAGCAGAAGAGCCAGAGCUUUACGGCGAGCUUGAUCAACAAGAUUGUCGACAACCUCCAGAUCGAGAUCCGCAACAUCCACGUUCGGUACGAGGACAAGCUGUCGGUCCCUGGCCACCCCUUCUCGGUCGGCCUCACCCUCGCCCGCUUCUCUGCCGUCUCGACCGACGCCAACUGGCAGCCGGCCUACAUCACCAACGCCAAGGGCGGCGUCCACAAGCUCGCCACGCUCGACUCGCUCGCCGUCUACUUCGACACCGACGCGCCCUCUCUCGCCGGCCACGACAUCGCGGACGCCAUCGUCAAGUUCACCGACGGCAUCGCGCGCGACGGCCACACGCCGUCGCACCAGUUCGUCCUCAAGCCCGUGUCGGGCACCGGCCGCCUCGUCAUGAACAAGAAGGUCGACGCCCACACGCCCAAGACGGACGCCGAGCUCAUGUUCCAAGAGCUCGGCUUUGUCCUCGACGGCGACCAGUACCGCGACGCCCUCAGCAUGGUCGACCUGUUCCACUUCUACAUCCGCCAGCGAGAGUACCGCUCGUACCGCCCGCCGCAGAAGGAGAUCGAGCACAACCGCAACCGCGCCUUGUGGCACUUUGCCAUCAACGCCAUCAAGAGCGAGGUCCACGACAAGCACCGCCGGUGGUCCUGGGCCUACUUUGCCGAGCGGCGCGACGACCGCAAGGCGUACGUCAACCUGUUCAAGCACAAGUCGCUCGGCACGAUCGGCGUCGAGGUGCGUCCCCAGGAGUCGCAAGAGCUCGUCGACCUCGAGAAGAAGCUCGGCUACACCGACAUCCGCCUGUACCGCUCGAUCGCGCGCUCGGAGCUGCGCAAAGAGCGCCUCGAGCACCCGACCGUCGUCAAGCCCAAGCAGCAGACGGCCGCCGGCAAGGCGACGAGCUGGCUCGGCUCGUGGGUCGGGCUCGGCGGUGGCGCCGGCGGCGGUGCGGCGGCCGACGAGCACGAGGCCGAGGACGCGGCGACCGGGCUCAGCGAGGAGCAGCGCAAGGAGCUGUACCGCGCCAUCGACUGGGACGAGAAGGACGCCAUGGCCAACACGGUCGACUACCCCGAGGACACGCUCCUCCUGCGCGUCAAGGCGCAGCUCGAGACGGGCUCGUUCGCGCUCCGCACCGACCCGCACGGCGCCGCCAAGGACCUCAUCGCGCUCCACUUUGACGACCUGCGCCUCGACGUCGGCCAACGGCCCGAGAACUUUGAGGCGACGCUCGCGCUCGGCGGCCUGCGCGUCACGGACGGCACGUGCCCCAACUCGCUCCACGAGCAGGUCGUGCGCGUCAAGGAGGUGACCGGCGUCGAGGAGGAGAACGCGGCCACCGAGGCCGACAAGGCGCUCGGCCUGUGGGCGAUGCAGCGCAACCCGUUCUUCUCGCUCAAGUUCGAGCACAGCCCGCUCGACAAGCGCGCCGACAACGCCCUCGCCGUCCGCCUGCGCCACACCGAGAUCGUGUACCACCGCGGCUACGUCGAGGCCAUCUUUGCCUUCUUCAAGCCGCCCGAGAGCCAGCUCGAGUCGGUCGGCGCCCUCAUCGACGUCGCGAGCGAGACGCUCGAGGGCAUCCGCAAGGAGACGCGCGCCGGGCUCGAGUACGCGCUCCAGGCGCACAAGACGGUCGACGUCCACCUCGACCUGCAGGCGCCCAUCAUCAUCAUCCCCGAGGACAUGACGGUCAAGGACUGCCAGCACGUCGUGCUCGACGCGGGCCACAUCUCGGUCGAGAGCAGCCUCGCCGACCAGUCGUCGCUCGACGCCGUCAAGGCGAAGGAGCGAGAGGAGUACGGCGAGGAGGACUACAAGCGGCUCGAGAGCCUCAUGUACGACCGCUUUUACGUCAAGCUCGAGGACGCCCAGCUCCUGAUGGGCCCGUCGCUUCAAGUUUGCCUCGACGAGCUCGACACCAAGGGCGGCCACAAGCACGGCGCCGCCGGCGAGCUGCACAUCCUCGAGCGCACGUCGCUCAAGUUCCUCGCGCAGAACUGCAUCGUCGCGUCGGCGCCCAACCUCACGCGGUUCAAGAUCUCGGGCUCGCUCCCGACCCUCCAGGUCAACUUCUCGGACCGCAAGUACAAGAGCCUGAUGCGCAUGAUCGACGUCGCCCUGCCCAAGUUUGACGACCCGAACGCCGCACCGCCGUCGCGCCCGUCGAUCGACCCCGCACCGCGACACACGUCGUUCGCGCGCUCGCGCUCUCGCGUCCCGGGCGAGGGCGACGAGGACAUCACGGUCGGGCACGACACGGACGAGGAGGCGAGCGACGACGAGCAGGAGGACGCAGACGACGACAAGGAGGGAGGACGCGACCAGUUCUACGAGGCGCCCGACAUCGCCGACGGCAAGCAGAACGUGCACCAGAAGACGUUCGAGUUCAGCUUCUCGGUCGACCGCGUCCAGGCGUCCAUCUUCCGCUCGAACCCGGACCCGGCCAAGCCCGACCGCCUCCUCGUCAACGCCGUCCUCGAGGGCUUCCAGCUCGGUUUUGAGCUGCGCCCGUACGACAUGAGCGUCGACGUCCUCCUGCGGUCGCUGUACCUCGAGGACAAGAUGACGACGCAGCAGAGCGACUUCCGCCACCUCGUCACGAGCGAGAAGCUCGAGGGCGGCCACGAGCAGGACCUCGUCCGCAUCCGGUACCAGGGCGUCCAGAAGGCGUCGCCCGAGUUCCAGACGGUGCACGAGGGCUUCGACAAGACGGUCGACGUCGAGAUGUCGACCCUGAAUGUCGUCGUCACGCGCUCGAGCAUCCUGUUCCUGUUCGACUGGGUCAUGACGACUUUUACCGACCCGAACGACGCCGCCGCACCGCAGCAGCCGACGGUCGAGGCGGGCAACGGCCAAGGGCUCGACGGCGACGCGUCCGGCGACGAGGUCGGCAGCGACAAGCUGCGCGUCAAGGUCAAGCUCACGUCGAUCAACCUCAUCCUCAACGAGGACGGCCUGCGCCUCGCGACGCUCUCGCUCUCGGCCGCCGACGUGUCGGUCCUCCUGCGCGCGCCAACCAUGCGCGUCGCGGCCCGCCUCGGCAACCUGUCGCUCGACGACGACUUCUCGGCGGCGGCGCCGCAAGAGAUGCUCACGAUCCAGGGCGACGAGUUGGCCGACCUGCGGUACGAGACGUACGACCCGAGCGACAAGUCGACGUACCCGGGCUACGACACGAGCGUGCACCUGCGCAGCGGCUCGCUGCGGUUCACGUUCCGCACCGAGCCCGUCCACCGCAUCCUCGUCUUCUUCACCCAGUUCGGGCGCAUGAAGGCCGUGUACGACGCCGCGACGCAGGCCGCCGCCCAACGCGCGACCGAGAUGCAGACCAUGAUCCCCAAGAUGCACUACGACAUCCUCGUCAAGACCCCGAUCGUCGUCUUCCCGCACGAGCAUGGCGACCGCGACGAGCAGGCCGGCUCUGCCGCCGCCGUCGUCCCCGAGGACACGAUCACGGCCCGCCUCGGCGAGCUGAGCCUCAAGAACGCGCUCGAGGUCACGCACGAGCAGGUCAUCACCAAGAUCAGCUUCGGCCUGCACGAGGUCGGCCUCGAGUCGAGCCUGUACCACGACGGCGAGGCGCACAAGCUGCCCGUCCUCGACGGCGUCCGCAUCGACGUCGACGUCACCCUGUACCAGAACAUCGACCCGACCAAGGACCUCGAGUCGCCCGCGACCGUCAUCGACGCGCGCCUGUCGGACGUCAAGAUGAAGCUUACCCAGGCGCAGUACGGCGUCCUCAUCCACCUCGCGCAGUCGAUCCCGUCGGCGUUCGCGCUCGGCGGCGACGAGGACCUCGGCGAGGAAGGUGCGGCCAUGCUCGAGGCGACGCCGGCGCCGAGCCCGCCUCGCCUCGCGAGCGGCGAGUCGGUCCCGUCCAAGGGCGUCCUCCCCUCGGUCCCCGAGGACGGCCAGGUCGUCGACCUCUUGCCCGAGCUGCCGCGAGUCGCCAAGACGGCGACCGGCGGCGAGGUCAAGCUCACGGCGACGCUCGACCUCACGUUCGCGGUCGGCACGGUCUACCUCGAGCUCUUCACCGAGGCGGCGACGACGGUCGGGAGCCUCGAGGAGGCGAGCCUGGCACGGUUCGCGCUCAACGACACGGGCGUCAAGUACCGCAUGCUCACGAACGGGUCGAUGGAAGCCGAGGUCGCCAUCCGGUCGUUCACGGUCCACGACACGCGCCCGGCCCGCCUGACCAAGUUCCGCGAGAUCAUCCCCGCCACCAAGCACUCGGGCCACCAGUUCAUGAUCCACUUUACCCAGUCGGGCGGCGCCGACAAGAGCUCGAUCGCCAACGUCACGGUCGACUCGCCCAAGGUCAUCUUCUCGCUCGACCCGGUGUUUGCCCUGCUCGACUUUGCCAUGAGCGCGUUCCAGAAGACCAAGGCCGAGCUCGAGGCGGCGGCCGAGGACGACGACGACGGCGUCGACGAGGGCCUCAAGGAGGCCGACGAGCAAAAAGUCGACUCGUCGCCGGCCAACGCGGGCACGUUCGCCUUCCGCCUCAACGUCGUGUCGCCGACCAUCAUCCUGCUCGAGGACCCGGCCAAGGCCGACUCGGAGGCCGUCGUCCUGUCGCUCAGCCAGCUCCAGAUGUCGCAGCAGGGCACGCUCGCCCUCACGGUCGGCCGCAUGGGCAUGUUCCUGUGCCGCAUGGACCGCCCCAAGGAGAACAUCCGCGUCCUCGACGACGUCGACCUCAUCCUGUCGAUGGACAGCCGCAUCGACGGCGGCCGCCAGGUCACCAACAUCGACAUCGGCAUCCAGCCGCUCAUCCUGCGCGUCUCGUUCCGCGACAUCCUCCUCAUCAACUCGAUCGUCAACCGCGCCAUCGAGCUGUCGAACCGCAACACGCCGUCGCCGCCGCCGCCCGACGAGACGCCCGCACGGCCCGCCAUCGACUCGACGCCGUCGGGCAAGGUCCGCCCGCGCAGCAAGAGCGACGCCACCUCGAGGCGCAAGUCGCGGUCCGGUGCGACGACGACCAAGGCCUCGCGCGAGGCCCUCCUCCAGGCACAAGUCAUCGUCACCAAGGAGACGCUGCGCGCGACGGUCGACGGCCUGCAGCUCAUCGUCAUUGGCGACCUGCACGACCUGCCCGUGCUCGACCUCAAGGCGGGCAAGUUCACGGCCAAGGCCAAGGACUGGUCGACCGACCUCGACGCGAGCGUCCUCAUCAAGCCGUUCAUCAACUACUUCAACCUCAAGGUCUCGCACUGGGAGCCGCUCAUGGAUCCGUGGGAGUUUGGCGUCAACGUCACCAAGUCGGUCUCGACGGGCCUGCUCGCCGUCAACGUCUCGUCCAAGAAGCGCCUCGAGCUCAACAUCACGUCGAGCUUCAUCGAGCUCGCGACGACGACGCUGUCGAUCCUCGACCGCGAGGGCGAGCAGGUGUUCAAGAAGGCGCGAGGCUCGAACGCCCCGUUCCUCGUCAAGAACCGCACGGGCUACCCGAUCUCGCUCUGGAGCGAGGGCGCCGAGCACGGCGCGCAAGGUCACCGCCUCGACGACGGCGCCGACGCGCCGUGGCGGUUCGACGACUGGCGCACGACGCGCGAGAACGUGUCGGCGAGCACGCACAACUCGCUCUCGGUCGUGUUCGACGGCCUCGGGUGGGACCGCCUCAAGCACGUCUUUGUCGAUCGCGAGGGCGAGCACAUCCACGCCCUGCGCCCCAAGAUGGACAAGGUGACGCACCGCCUCCUGUGCGACGUCAAGCUCGUCGACAACGUCAAGGUCGUCACGCUCCGCUCGACGUUCCUCGUCGAGAACAAGUCGCUCGUCAACGCCGAGAUGGUCAUCGUCGACCAGCACGGCAAAAAGGCGUCGCAGGUGUACAAGAUCCCGCCCGGCGGCGAGUGCGCCGUGCCCAUCCUCUCGGCGUACCACGACCGCAUCCGCCUUCGACCCGACCCCGGCUUCGGCUACGCGUGGUCGAGCGAGAGCCUGCACUGGCAGGACCUCGUCAAGCGCCCGACGCGCGCCAUCGUCUGCAAGGCGCCCAAGGAGGCGGCGUUCCGGUUCCAGUCGUACGCCGUGCACGACAAGGCCGACCCGCUCACGCGCAUCUACCCCAAGGUGUCGCUCCGCCUGCGCGCUCCGGUCGAGGUCCAGAACCUGCUCCCGCACGACUUCCGCUACCGCAUCUUCGACAAGAACCUCGAGCACAACUGGAAGACGUUCCUCCACGCCGGCGGCGUCUCGCCCAUCCACUUUGCCGAGCUGUCGCACCUGAUCCUGCUCAGCGUCGAGCUCGAGGAGACGACCCUCGGCCGCAGCGAGUUCGCCAUCAUCAACACGGACAACCCGGAGGACCUUCCUGUCGAGCACGACCUCGUCCUCGCCGACAAGCAGGAGCGCAAGCUCAACCUGCGGGUCCACUACCAGAAGCACGCCGACUCGGGUGGCGCCUUCCGGGUCCAGAUCUACUCGCCCUACAUCCUCAUCAACAAGACGGGCCUGCCGUUCGCGCUCAAGACCAAGACGUUCUUCGGCUCGGCCAAGAGCGUCGCCGGCCUCGAGGAGUUCUCGUCGACGGCCGCCAAGCGCAAGCCCAACGAGCCCUUCAUGUUCUCGUACCCGACCGACGACCGCCGCAACCGGUCCCUCUUGCGCGUCGGCGACUCGAACUGGUCCCGCCAGCUCAGCUUCGAGACGAUCGGCCUCACGACCGAGGUCAUCCUCCCGUCGGCGACCGGUCAAGAGGAGAUCCGCGUCGGCCUCAAGGUCACAGAGGGUCUCGGCGACUACAAGCUCACCAAGGUCGUCACGCUGUGCCCGAGGUUCAUCCUCAAGAACAACUUCGAGACCGACCUGCGCCUGCGCGAGUUCGGCUCGACCGUCGAGGUCGUCGUCAAGCCCGGCGAGCGGCACCAAGUCGGCUUCCUGCGGUCGGGCCAGGCGCCGCAGCUCGUCCUCGGCCUCGCCGGGUCCCGCACGUGGUCGGCGCCGUUCAAGCUCCAAGACAUCGGCCAGAACUACGUCCGCAUCCCGCUGCACGACGGUGGCGGCGACGAGCAGCUCGCGCGCGUCGACGCCGUCCUCGAGGGCCCGUGCAUCUUCAUCCGGGUCGACCCCGAGCACGGCUCGUGGCCAUUCCUCCUCCGCAACGACAGCCACUACCCGAUCGAGUACUGGCAGGCCGAGUCCGAGGCGCAGCAGGCCAACAACCGCCGCGAGCCUCGCCGCCGGUACCGCCUCGAGCCCAACAGCAAGCAGCCGUACGCGUGGGACUUUCCCGCCGACGACCUGCGCCAGCUGCGCAUCGCCGUCGGUGGCCGCGAGCGCGUCGUCAACCCGCUCGAGAUCGGCGCCCUCGUCCCGUUCCGAUUCUCGCACGAGGGCCACACGGCCGUCCUGUCGAUCGACGUGCGCGCCGAGGGCUCGACGCAGGCCGUCUCGUUCUCGCACUACAACGAGGAGGACAGCGUGUUCAAGCUGCAGCGGCGCAACGUCGAGACGGCGUCGUCGAUCGCGAGCAGCCAGAACGGCGGGUUCGAGGCGGUCGACGUCGACGUCGUGACGACCUUUUCGUUCAGCCUCAGCCUCGAGGGCCUCGGCAUCUCGCUCGUCAACCGCCGCAUGCAGGAGCUCAUCUACGCGUCGUUCCGAGGCGUCACGGCCAAGUACUCGGACUCGACGACCAACGUCUCAUACGACGUCGGCGUUAAGUGGAUCCAGAUCGACAACCAGCUCUUUGGCGGCCUGUACCCGAUCCUGUUCUACCCGUCCGUCAUCCCCAAGGACAGCAAGGAGCUCGAGGUGCACCCGAGCCUGCAGGCGUCGGCAAUCGUCCUCAAGGACGAAGCGCACGGCGUCACCUACUUCAAGUACGCGUCGAUCCUGCUGCAGGAGAUGACGGUCGAGGUCGACGAGGACUUCCUGUUCGCGCUCCUCGACUUUGCCAAGUUCUCAGGCGCCGCCGAGGACCAGUCGUCCAAACUCACCGAGGACCCCGAGGAGAUUCCCGAGCCGUCGGCGACGUCUAAGGGCGGCCACCUGUACUUCGAGGUGCUCCACCUGCACCCGAUCCAGCUCGACCUGUCGUUCAUGCGCACCGACCGCGUCAAUGUCGAGCAGAAGCUCACGUCGCACAACCCGCUCUUCUUCUUCAUCAACGCGCUCACGAUGGCGCUCGGCAACGUCAACGACGCACCUGUCCGCCUCAACGCCCUCGUCAUCGAGAACGCCCGCCUGUCGCUCCCGGUCCUCCAGGAACGGCUCACGUUGCACUACGGCGACGAGUUCUUCGGCCAGCUGUACCGCGUCCUCGGCAGCGCCGACUUCCUCGGCAACCCUGUCGGCCUGUUCACCAACGUCUCGUCCGGCGUCGCCGACUUCUUCAUCCAGCCGUACGACUCGGUCAUGAUGAACGGCAACAAGGACCUCGGCAUCGGCAUCGCUCGCGGCGCAGGGAGCCUCGCCAAGAAGACCGUCUUUGGCCUGAGCGACUCGCUCGCAAAGGUGUCGGGCAGCAUCGGCAAGGGUCUCUCGGCGGCCACGCUCGACAAGCAGUACCAGAGCCAGCGCCGCAUGCGCCAGUUCCGCAACAAGCCCAAGCAUGCCCUGUAUGGCGUCACGGCCGGCGCCGCCUCGUUCGUGACGAGCGUCGCGAGUGGUUUCGAGGGCCUCGCUACGAAGCCGCUCGAGGGCGCCGAGUCGGGUGGUGCCUCGGGCUUCUUCAAGGGCGUCGGAAUGGGUCUUGUCGGCGCCGUCACAAAGCCCGCCGUCGGCAUCUUUGACCUCGCCAACAACAUCACCGAGGGCAUCCGCAACACGACGACCGUCUUUGACCAGACCGGCAUCGACCGCGUGCGCCUCCCUCGCUUCACGGCGAGCGACGGCGUCCUGCGUCCGUACUCGGAGCGCGAGGCGCUCGGCCAGAACUGGCUCAAGAACGUCGAGAACGGCAAGUACUUCAGCGAGGAAUUUGUCGCCCACCUCGACCUGCCGUCGUCCGAGGACACGCUCGUCGUCAUCCUCACGACGCGCCGGAUCCUGCUCGUCAAGGUCACCAAGCUCAAGGUCGGCUGGGACGUGCCGAUCGCCGACCUGUCGACCAUCUCGCUCGAGACGAGCGGCAUCAGUCUCGUUCUGCGCGACGGGCACCCGGGCCCGUUCCUCGCCAUCGCCGACCAGAGCGCCCGGCUGUGGCUCUUCCGCCACCUCGAGCGCAUCACGCAGGCGCACAACGCUCGCCGGACCGUCGAGUAGACUCGGUUCGGCUCUCUCCCUCUCUCGUAUUCCCCUCCCCUCUUCUUGUCCCAGUAGUAGCUGUACCCUGUCAAUACGAAGCUGGUCUCUCUCCC